CUCCGGUACGAGGCGACCUCAUCGGCCGGGAGGUUCAAAUCUAAUCGGAUACCUCUUGCGAACUGGCGAUUGGCGGUGUCGGUGGAAGAGGCCACUCGGUCGACGGCCACGGGGAUAUUGGAGAAGCGAGGAGAAGAAGAGGGAAUGAGGGUGGAAAGGGCGGUGGUGGAGGAAGGGAGUGAGUGGUGGGAGCAGGCGAAUGAGGAAAGGAAAGGAUGGAAGGCGUACUUGGAGGAAUCGGAGGAGAUGAUCAGGCCGGACGGUGGACCUCCUCGCUGGUUUUCGCCAUUAGACGUUGGUUUCCGAUUCAAUAAUUCUCCCCUGCUGCUCUUUCUUCCUGGGAUUGAUGGCGUCGGUCUUGGAAUGAUCUCAAGUCAUAAGAAGCUGGGAAGGAUAUUUGACAUAUGGUGCUUGCAUAUUCCGGUUAUGGAUCGAACACCAUUUACAGAGCUUGUGAAGAUGGUUGAGAGAACUGUUAGGUCAGAGAAUCAACGCUCGCCAAAACGACCCAUAUACCUUGUGGGUGAUUCUGUAGGAGCAUGCCUUGCCCUGGCUGUUGCUGCCCGUAACCCUGAUAUUGAUCUGGUAUUAAUUUUGGCCAACCCAGCUACUUCAUUCGACAGGUCACAGCUGCAACUUCUAACCCCAUUGUUGGAAACUAUGCCUGGCCAAAUAUCUCCUGGCCUGCCUUAUUUUCUCGGUUUGAUGGCAGGUGAUCCCCUGAGGAUGGUACUGGAUAACACGUUGAAAGGACUUCCCUUACAAAACACGGCUAGAGAGCUAACGGAGGAUCUCACUGCUUUGUCAUCAUUUCUCCCUGUUCUUGGGGAUAUACUACCAAGAGAAACAUUUCGAUGGAAACUAGCGAUGCUUAAGUCAGCUUCUGCAUAUGCCAAUUCACGCCUUCAUAAUGUCAAAGCUCAGACAUUGAUACUUUGCAGCGGAAGGGAUCAGUUGUUACCUAGUCAACAGGAAGGUGAAAGACUUAGUCGUUUACUGCCUAACUGUGACGUUCGUAAGUUUGAUGACAGUGGUCAUUUCCUUUUCCUGGAUGACAAGAUUGACCUGCUAACCAUCAUCAAGAAAACAUCUUUCUAUCGCCGUGGCAAGUAUCACGACUAUGCUUCAGAUUUUGUGCCGCCAACACGCAAAGAAAUAGACAAUGUAAUAGAAGAAAACAGAUUGUUAAUUUCUGUCGCUAGUGCUGUAAUGCUCUCAACUCUGGAGGACGGAACGAUUGUCAAAGGCCUUGCUGGAGUUCCUUCAGAGGGACCUGUCCUGUUCGUGGGGUACCACAUGCUGCUGGGAUGGGAAGUAGCUCCUCUGGUUUCUCGAUUUCUUCAGGAAAAAAAUAUCCUAUUACGAGGGCUGGCACAUCCGAUAUUAUUUAUGAGGCCAAAAAGUGAAAAAUUUCCUGAUAUGUCGUCGUUUGAUUCGUUCAGACUGCUGGGUGCAGUUCCAGUCGCACCAACUAACUUCUUCAAGCUUUUCGCGUCCAAGUCUCAUGUCCUACUGUACCCUGGAGGGAUGCGAGAGGCUCUUCAUCGGAAGGGUGAAGAAUACAAGUUAUUCUGGCCCGAGCAAGCCGAAUUUGUCAGGAUGGCGGCCAGAUUUGGAGCGAAAAUUGUGCCUUUUGGUGCUGUUGGGGAAGACGAUUUGGGUCAGGUAGUUUUCGAUUAUGAGGACUUGAUGAAGAUUCCUUAUUUUAGGUCUGAUAUAGAAACUUUAACGGAACAGGCUGCCCGGUUGAGGAUCGAUGCUAGCGGUGAGGUGGCUAAUCAGCAAAUGCAUUUGCCAGGAAUUAUGCCCAAAAUUCCUGGCCGGUUCUACUAUUAUUUUGGAAGAACAUUUGAAACGGAAGGGAGGAGGCAUGAAUUGAGAGAUAGGGAGAAGUCUCAAGAACUGUACUUACAAGUGAAAUCCGAGGUUGAGAGAUGCAUUGCUUAUUUGAAGGAGAAAAGAGCAACCGAUCCUUACAGAAGCAUAGUGUCUCGCUUGGCGUACCAAGCCGCGCAUGGUUUUACAUCUGAAGUUCCGACCUUUGAAAUUUGAUGCUGUUCUGAUCAAAUGGUUGCUGAAGUAUUGGACCUUGGUCCCGCAUCUAGAGGAACCGGGGAUAUGGGAUUUCUUUAACGGUGGGCUUCAAGCCCAAUAAGAUAUCGGGAUCAAGAUAUUAGUCCGGUGAGUGGGCAAUUACUCUGUAAAUUCAUCUGCUAAAUUUAUCACGGAAUUGAUUGACAAUUUGCUUGAUG